GAAAAGAGAGACAGGACACAGGGAGGAAAAGAGAGACAGAGAGACAGAGAAACAGGCAGAGAAAGGAUGUCUUACUGACAGUCUUGCACCCCUGCUUGCUUUUAACAGUUCAAAUGUGUGUGUGUGUGUGUGUGGGUGUGAGUGUUUGUUUUUGAGUGUGUAUUUGUGUGUAUGUUUGUGUUCUUAAGGGAGUACUUUUAAGUGACUCAUAAUUGUUUGAUGGAGAGAAAUAUUUCUUACUUCCAAUAACUUGUCCCUGUCUUCUGGGAAAUCUGCAUGAAAUAGCACGGCUAAGACAAACCUCUGACAUUCGUACUGGAAACACUGUGCGAGUCGAAACACCUUCUGCAAUCUUCAUGGCCUAUUCGUUUUAUUUAGCCGUUCUAUUUGUUUACUUGUUUGCUAAUGUCAACCAUUUUAAACAGAAUUUUUACUCUGUCAAUAUUUUAACAAUUACAACAAUAUUUCUAAUCAAAAACAAAUUAUCCAAUUUGUUUUUAUUGUCACCAUUCAAACAGAAUUAGUUAUUGCUUCAACAUGUUUGAACAAAUAUGACAUGCAACAAAUAACGUAUUUUUUUCUCCUCUGGUUUGACUUCUACGUCUUCAUGUAAACUGAACAGUUUCUUUUCAUCAACAGUUUCCAACAAACGCAGAAAAAUUAAAACAGAAUUGUAUCAUCCGAGUGAGUGUGAUCCAAUUGUUAGAUUUCCACCCCAGAAUACUUUGACAUGGUCGUGGCUUAUUCAUUGGACAGCAGGCUUAUACACGUCAGCACACAGAAACAAACUCUGUCAAGUGAAUUUCAGUGAAGCCUCCUAGUUGAUUCAAGCUGUGAUUUUCACCGUUUUCUUAUUGGGGAAAUAAUUUCCAUCGACUCUGUCCCCCACCCCUCCUCUCCGACAUGUUCAGUCAUUUCGUUGCAAACGAGCGUAGGAGAUGCCGCUGAAAAAAUGCCCCUGAUCUCUCCACUUCCUCCCUCAGUUCUCUGAGGUGUCUGCUCGUACCCCUGCCUCCGUCGAUGCCUCGAGUCAGUAUCCCACGUCAGAGAUGUUCCAGCAGCAGUUGUCCGUUGGGAGACAUCAUUGUCGUGUUUGUUCUUUCAUUGAGCCCACGAUUGUGUAUUUGUCGUGGUGUGAGGUCACUACCACCACCGUUUAGUUUAUGUUGAUAUUUACAUUGUAGUGGGCACAAGGGAGCAAGCAGUAGUAAUGUGCAAUAUGGUCUUCUGUUCAUAUAUGACCUACCAGAAUGCCUGUGUAUGGGUUUGUUAUGACUCAGACGAACAAUAUGAUGGUUUUUUUUUACAUGGUUUUGAUCAGCGGUCCUGUCUCGUAUCCUUUUCUUCAUGCGUGUGUGAGUGCGACACGCCAAAGCUACCUUCAGCGCCUUUCUGGAUCCAAACUGUUCUGAGUUUGAGAUCCUCUGGACAUGGAAAUUCUCACACAUUCAGGUCCUACCUGUCCACAUCGUCCCCUAGACAGGUCAAAGGUCAUAACAGCGCUCGGGGGACAAACACACCAGGAAAUUCAUGUUUUUCGGAAACUGUCUCGGAAACUCGAAAACGACCCGGUGCGUUUUGGAGAGGGGGCGCGUAGGCGAGCGAGAGGGAGGGGUGUCUCACGGUCUGUAUCUGUCGCCUUGCACCCUCUUUUUACACAACAGGAAGAGAGCGAGCGAAAGAGAGCGAGAGAGAACGAACCAAAUAAGAAAACGAAAUAGACAUCCCCAAGGAGGAGCGCCUAACCCCCUAAACCAAACAUCAAGAGAAGCCUUUAGACGUUUACGUUCACCCGUUACAGUUAGGUAAAGUAGGUAGCAAAGAGUUAAAGGAAGCGACAGAAGCCUUGAGGGAGAAGGAGAGAGAGCGUGAAGACGGAUGUCAUGAUGCAGAGACAGAUCUGCAUCCCGCUGACAGUACCUCUGUCAGCCAUGAGGACUGGGAAGGUGGCGAUGUCUCCAGGAGAGGACGGUCUGAUUGGGAUCCCCUUCCCGGAGCACAGCAGCGACAUCCUGUCCAGGCUGAAUGCUCAGCGGAGGGCAGGGCUCCUGUGUGACCUCACCCUGACCUCCAGGGGAGCGCGUUACCCCACCCACCGCUCAGUCAUGGCCGCCGUCAGCCUCUACUUCCGCCGGCUGUUUGGGGCGGAGGAGGCCGACGGGGGAGGCCAGGGAGGGGAGGCGGGGCGAGGAGGGGGAGGGUUCAGCGUGUGUCAGCUGGACUGCGUGGCGCCUGACGCCCUGGACGCCCUGCUGGAGUUCGCCUACACGGCCACCCUCACCAUCCGCAGCUCCGGGAUGAGAGACGUGUUGAGGGGAGCGCAGCUGCUGGGCAUCCAGUGUGUGGAGGACGCCUGCAGGGAGAUACUGGGGGAGACCGGGGAGGCAGAGGGGGAGGCCUGGGGGGGGGACAACAGAGUCUUCUCCGAGAGAGAGAAGGAGAGAGGGGUGGAGAGAGGGGUGGAGAGAGGGGUGGAGAGAGGGGUGGAGAAAGGCUCCAGAAGGAAGCAAGGCAGAAGGAAGGCUGAGAGGGUGGAGCAGGCACAGUGGCAGCCGUCCUCACCCCCGACCGCACCCGUCUCCCCCUCUCCUCACCCGUCACCCACCCACGACCCCGUCCGCUCCCUCCCCCCCACCCUGCCCCCCAGCCCCGAACCGGAGCAUCCCUCCCCGAGAGCGGGGCAGAACGGGGAGCGCAGGGGCGGCAGGGAGCCGGAGAGGGGGUCGAAGGUCAACGGAGGGACACACUGGCCCGGGGAGCGCAUUUACACCCCCACCCCCACCUCUCUCCCGGACGACCGCCUGUCGGAGGAGGAGGAGGAGGGACUGGGGAACAGAGGGGCCCUGGGUGCCUCCUCCACCAACGCCUCCAUAGCCGAGCGAGGGGGGGCGGUGCAGGGGGCGGCGGGGGGCAGGAAGAGGAAGUCCCAGACGCCCCAGCAGUGUCCCGUCUGCCAGAAGAUCAUCCACGGAGCGGGCAAGCUGCCCAGGCACAUGAGGACCCACACUGGGGAGAAACCCUUCCAGUGCUCCGCCUGCGGCGUGCGCUUCACGCGGAACGACAAGCUGAAGAUCCACAUGAGGAAGCAUACAGGGGAGCGUCCAUACUCCUGCCCCCACUGCCCCGCCCGCUUCCUGCACUCCUACGACCUCAAGAACCACCUGUCGCUCCACAGUGGGGCCCGCCCCUUCGAGUGUCCGCUCUGCCACAAGGCCUUUGCCCGCGAGGACCAUCUCCAGCGGCACCGCAAGGGCCACAGCUGCCUGGAGAUGCGCACCCGGCGGCCCAGGAGGGGGGCCGGGCACGGGGAGGACGGCAGGGGGGCUGGAGGAGGCGGGAGAGGGCAUAUCCCUGAGCAGGUCGACCAGCGGGAGCCUCUGGCCCUGAACGCACCACGCACUUCUGCUUUCCUGUCUCGAGGUGCGAUGGGCGUUGGAGAAGGCCCCGGGGCUGGAGCCUCCAUACUGCUCCAGGAGGAGGUGGAGAGGGAGCGGUCUCUGGCCCUGCACGCGCUGUCUCUCCUGGGGGCACACAGGCUCCACCCAAGCCUGUCCUGGACGGGGGUGGAUCUCCGGAGAGGCAGAGGGGCGAUGGAGGGAAAGGAGACCGAGGAGAGCCACUCUCCCGCUCCGCAUCAUGUGUGGGAGGAGGAAGAGGAAGAUGAGAUGGGAGAAGAGGACGAAGAGGAGGAGGAGGAAUGAAAGGAGAACCAUGGCUGGGACUGUGGGUGUGGGGGAUGUUGUGUCUGUGUGUCUGUGUGUGUGUGUGUCUGUCUGCUUUUUGCAGAAUAAAAAACUGAAAGAGCGCUUAAAAAAAAUAACUAAAGCAUACAAAAAUAUAUAUGGAAAACGGGUUUUCUGACAAUUUUACGGCCCUUGACAUUUUUUGUUUGUCUAUUGCAGUUUAUAGUUUUAUUAACUUCUUUUUAUUGGAAUUUGAGUCAUUUUUUUCCUGGGGAUAUUCUUUAUUAUCGUCGAGCUGUACAUAUGCAUGUUUAGAGUGCGUGGUUACGAGGAAGCUUUCUGUCGCUAUGCAAACGGCCGUGAGGUACUGAGAAACAGAGGGACGUCAGAGGAGGAAGAUCAACUGUCACGAAACGUUGUUUAAGAACGGGUGACUACUGUGAGGAAGAUUACAUUCAAUCAUGGUGCAUAGAAUAAGGUGCAUUUAAUCACUAUAACCAAUAGGGUUCGAGAUUAUUUGGUUCCAUUCAAAUUCCAAGUCUUUGUGUAUUCUUAUAACCUGGUAGAUGAUAGAGAGAAUAUUUGUAAAUUCCAGCAGGCUUGAUAACGUGGAAUGAACAGAAUCCCAGUUCACAUGCUUUAGUCCUCUGGGGUUUUCCCCAUCCUUCGGUCUGUUGGACACAAUACCAAAGAGUUUUGUUCAUUUAAUUCUUAAAUCGGGUUGAUUGACUUCCAGUGGAAAGAGGCCAAGGUUUUGAUUAAACUUCUUCCUCACUGCUUAGCUGGUUCAGACUGAGACACGGAACAGCUUCCACGCGUGAGACCAUUUCAAGCUUUCAUACUAAUUGAAUAAUGCCUGACCAGCAAAAAAAACUACAAAAAAACGUUUGGGUUUUUGGGUUACUGGUGACAAAUACGUGUUACCUCUGAGUUUACUUUUGAAGUUCUUUUCCAACGUCUGUGUCUUCCGAAGAGUUUUUCCUUGGCUUUGCAAAUAAGAGGGAAAGAAAAUGAGCGUGAGGGCUUUCUGUAUUUAUUUAUUUAUUUUUUAUUUUUAUUUAUUGUGGCUUUCCAAAUGAAACUGUUAUGGAUACUGGCAUCGCGCCAUGCCUGUGGUUCAGAGGUUUAUCUGCGUUGUGCUGAAAAUUCUGGUUGUUAAAGCCCCCGUUUGCCCACAGCCCUGCUGGGUUAUGUGUCUUCAGUCGAAUAUUCUUCCUCUUCUGCAUUUUUGCACAUUUAAACCCCUGUCAGGUAUCCGCUAUAAUACAGCAACAUUCCAUCUUCGGGGUAGAGAGACAGGAACAGAUAGAAGGGAGAUUAUGUGAGGGAGAGAACACUUUACCUCUCUUUCUCUGUCUGUCUUUGAAGAACACACACCGCGAUCGCUUCUGAGCUGUUUUAACUGGCACAGUCAGUUGAAUAGACACUCCACCCCACACAGUCAAUGAUUCCUUGCAUUACAACGUGAACCGUACUGUGUGACAUGUCAGUUCAUGAGUUGCACAAGUUGUUUAUUGAAGUUGCAAGAAGGCAGUCUUGCAGUGUCAUUGCGAUGGGUGUCUAGUUUGACUAAACCAUCUCAGCUUCAUGGAUUCUGGUCCUUUGGUUAAACAAACAGGAGUUUAGGGGGACGGUUAUAGGUCCAUUGCAGGGAUAAAGUACUCUGGUUUGCUUUUACAGGUAGUUAUUUUCUUUAGUAAAAUUGUAUAUCGCUCUCUGUAACUGAGGGUUGUGUGUCUGUCUGCUACUCUUCAGCAUCCUUGUAGCCUCAGCCUGGUGUAGCAGUGUUCUACGGGAGAACACAGCCUCGGCCUGGUGUAGCAGUGUUCUACUGGAGAACACAGCCUCAGCCUGGUGUAGCAGUGUUCUACAGGAGAGCACAGCCCAAACCCUGCUGCAUACAAUACUAUUUAUGUUUCUGAUUUAUUUGCACUAUAAAAAUUGAGAGCUUCAUUCCUUUUUUUGUUUUUGUUUUGCCUCCCUUAAUAUCCAUUCCAUGACUUCACUCGGUAUGUUUAUGAUUGUACAAUUGAGAUAUUGAAUAUAAGAUAUUUAUCAAUCCUCUAAACUCUUAAUAACAUUGAAUACUCUUUCUAGUACAUAACUGUGCAGAGUAAUGAUCAUUAAAAAUACUUAUGUAAUGAGGUGAGGUGAAGUUGCCUUUUUUUGUGCUGCAACUAUUCUCAGGAAAUCUUGAGCAAUGCACUAAAGUGAUUAUGCAAACUUGUGGGGAGAAAUGUCAUGUUAAUGUCAAUGUGCUUGAGGGGUAUGACCAUCCUUCAUACAAAAGGAUAGAUUAACAUAUACUAUUUUCUACGUGUACUCUUUCACGUGGGCCAUAAAGUACUGAUGGAUCCAGACAUUGGACCUGUUGGGAUUACUUGAAACUGGGCUCCAGAACCUGCACGGAGCGCCUGUCACACAAACACGGCAGUGGGAGUGUUUCCGGUCGAGGGUUUCUGUUGACAUGAAGGCUGUUUCUUCCCCUGGCUUAAGCUUUGUGAAUGAAUGAGUUUCCCAUAUGCCAGCUGUGAUGCGUUUGUUUCUAUGUGAGCUGAUUGUUUUCUUUGGCUUUUGGUGAAGGGACCUGGGGUCUGUUUUGGAUAGAGACCUCGCUAUCAGGGAUAAAAAAUGUAGUCUUUCCGUUUUUAGUGGACCUUUCUCAGAGAUAAGAAUUCAUUUUCCCAUCAUUUGUUUCAGAUAAUGUAAAGAAAACAAAUAAAUAAACAAAUGUAUCUGU